AUGCAGACCAUAUUUCCUCCUUCCUCAACAACGACAACAGCAUUAACGAGUAACAACCUCCCCAUUGGAAACAACACUUCGAGCACGACCUCUUCUUGUUCAUCCCUUCUUCAUCAUCCCACAACAGCUGUUGUAGCAGAACCACUAUCCUCAACCAGCACAACCACACAACAAAAUAUUGCCCUCAUCUCUCCUCCUGUCGGGACUUCUUGUAGUAGCAGCAGCAGCAGUACCACCACCACGGUUGAUGCAAUUACGAGAAGGAGAACUCUUUCUUCGGAUCAUCAUACUCCUCAGCAACAAGUACAACAACGAUUGCUACCACAGCAACAAGUACAACAACACAUUCAUUCUGCUUCCAGUUCUUCUUCCCUUCAUCCUAGCAGCAGCAGUAGUGGAAGCAGUAGCUGGAGCAGCAAUUCAUCGCAUUAUACUCAACUUGAUUCGCCGAGAAAUCGUCAUUCCAAAGCACAGCAAUCAUCAUUGUAUAAUCAUCAUCAUUUCAUCCAUCCACAACAAAAUACCACCACCAUCAAUACUUUCAAAACUCCAUUGUUGGAAACUAGUAAGAGCGGAGAGCCUAUUCAUCAUCAAAACUACGGGCAGUCAUCAUUUCAAGAGGAAGACCAGAGAGCUCUCUCGGUAUUGCCAUCUCCAUCGGCAUCCAUUCAUCCUUCCUCUUCUUCUUCCCAUCAUCAUCUUCAUUCGAUAUCAUCAUCAUCUUCCGUAACGAUGAGCAGUAGCGGUGGAAGCCUAAUGAUGCAACAACCAUCAGCAGGAGCAGCAUCAGCCACCUCUACAACACCACCACAAGUAACCACAAGUGGUAGACUUUCCACUCAUCCCUCUCAACAACAACAAGCAUUCUCUCCAAAAGCAUCUGCUGUAGCCAAUACUUCCUUUCAUACCAACCCUUCCUCUCUAACUUUUCCACCAUCCUCCAAUACAAGCACCCCAGCUACAACUCCGAUGAUGAAUAUUUCAUCCAGUCAUUCACCAUACACUACUGCUAGCAAUAAUACGAGCAGCGGAAAAUCAAACUUAACUAACAGCAUGGCCCCAUCGGGACCUACUCCUUCCACGACGACAACAACAGCAACAACAACGAGUAGCAGCAGUCAUCCUAGCGUCAUUUCUUCACAACAGCUUCAAACUAAAUUUUCAAAAACCACUACAAUCACUGUGCCGUCAUCAAAUAAUGCUGCUGAAGCAUCCAUUCCAAAUCCUCCUCCAACAUCAUCAACAACAAUUUCAAACGCAACCUCUAGAAGAAGUAACAAUACACUGAUACCUGCAUUGUCUUCGGAACCUCCUACAGUUAAACUUCCAUCCAUCUAUGCACUUUUAACCAGUAAUAAGGAUGAUCCCUAUUUGAACUCAAAUAAUAAUCAAAACUCGGAAAUUAUUUAUUUGAGACCAAUUGCAAAGAUGGUUGAAAGUUCAAAGAGAAAACAAACAUGUUAUGCUCACUUUGGAAAUAAUAUUGUGAAAAAACAAUCGUCACUCAGAUCAAAAAUUAGAGGAAUUGUUGGAUCGAGAAGAGCUGAAUUAUUUGAGCAACAGAAACAGCAACAUUCGGAACGUGGUAGAUCCUCUUCUGGCGGUUUACCAAUUUCCUCGCUAGGUGGUGGAGAACCCAAAGAUGGUACUAGCUCAGCAUCUCACAGUCAUGAUGCGCUCACAGAAGAACGACUCUCUGAAAAUAACAUUUCUAUGGAUGUCAUGAAAAAUCAGGGUGCCAAUACACAAAGUGGCAGCAGUGAUAUGGAUGUUAAUGCAAUGGAAUCUGAUGAUCCCAAUCAGUACAUGUUAAACACUGCAUUGAGUGGAGACGAUUUUGGAUUGACCUAUGAAGACAUGAUCAAUUUUGAGGACAAUGAAUUUAUGAAUAUUAUGGAAGAGGACGCCAUUGCACCCUCAUUGCACCACAGUAGCUCAGUAGUGGAUGCAUUCUUUGCCUCCACGAGCUCUCACAAUCAAAACAUGGGUCUAUUGGGCUUCAAUAGCAGCAAUAACUUGAACAAUGGCGGUAGCUUGACAGUAUCUGUGUCCAACACGAGUCUCAUUGACAACCCUACUAGAAAGGGCUUUGGAAACUCCAUGAAACACGAAACAUCAAGCGGCUCACUAAGCUCUUUCUUAAACACACCAACCACUCCUCUUCAACCUGCUUCCUUCCCUACUCCAAACCCUCCUCAAAAAGAAGGUUCAUCCCUUCAAAAUUUGAACAAUUCCUCUCAAUCCGCGCAACAAAACUUUUGGGAAUCAUCCAACAUUAAUUCCAACCCUUUUCUAAACAUUUCGCUCGACAAUAUUCCAGUUUCGAGCAAUUCUGGGAAUUUCUUUGUACCAUCCACUCAAAAAUUGACAUCUGGUAAUGCUGGUGUCACCCAUUCACAAUCGGCAACACCACACUACUCCUCGACGACGACUGCUGCCUCAGCCAACCAAAAUUCAAUGAACAGUAGCGCCUCAGAGACCAUCUCGUCGUCCUUCAACAAUAUGAAGCGAUCUCUGCAAAAUUAUGAAUUUGUUGCAGCUACAACAGACAAUACGAAAACCAAUCAGACUACUGCACCAAUGGUAUCUACUUAUGAAGAUUUCUCUACAAGUAACAAUAUGAACGUCACCAUGCAGAAUGCACCAAGUAGAGGAAGCUCUGUGAACACUCAGCAGCAACAACAUCAACAGCAUAAACUAAUGGAAAUGAACCAAAUGAACCACAAUUACAAUCAGCAAAAUACUGCUUCCAACAGCAAUAUGGGAUUACAUUUGAGUCAAACCAUGCAAUCUCCCACAAACAGCCAUUCAAUGCAAUCACCAAAUAAUGAUACUCACAGCGUGGGAUCUAUUGAUACAAAUAACUUUUUCAACAUUAGCACGGACACCUUACUUCAGGGAAUUUUAUAUGCUCAAAAAAGUGGUAUUGAUCUUGCCUCUUUGUUUGCUCUCACGUUGCAGCAACAACAAAAGCAAGCAAGUGCCUAUAAUGAAAGUGUCUCAAAUAGUGCCGGGUCUUUUAAUUUUAAUCCUCCACCCACACAAACACAGAAUCAACCAUUUAAAUCGAAUGUGAAUAACAAUACCUCGUUGGGAAGUGGGAAAAAUAAUGGCGUUCAACAUUCGAACUCCUCUCACUUUAAUAGCAACUUUAGAUUUACAAGCUCACAACAAGGAAGCAUUGGUGGUAGUCAUAUUACUGGCUCAAAUAUUCUGGGUAGUAGCAACACUAGCAAUUCUUUCCAGAGCAACAAGUCAUUCAAUAAUAUGAACAGCUCCAUGUCUAUUGAUCCUUCUGUACUUCAGAGAUUUAUUGAAACAAGUGCUGCUUCCUCCCCAACCUCUGCCAAUUUACAACAAUUAUCAUCGUCCUCACGUCAUCAAGGUACCUCUUCUAGGAGUAUGGAACAGCAACAAUUUCUAAUGGGAUCCAAUGUCAAUAGCACUGGUGAAAGGAAUAGCAUGAAUUUUGGAAGUAAUGCAACGUCACAAUUUGUGGAUCAACAACAACAACAUUCAUCAAGAUUAACCUCUCCAACUCAUGCCAUGAUUGGGGGAGCUGUGAACCCAUUGUUUUCAAAAUUGCAUCAACAACAUCAGCAGCAGCAACAACAGAACAUGAAUACCAAUCACCACAUGAUGUCCAUGAAAAAUGUCAAUACAGCACCCUCAAAUGCGUCAAGAAAGCAAAAACAGUUCAAUUUCUCCAACGUCACGGAAGAGAAUAUCCACCAAGCUCAAGCAUUUACCACAUCUCCUUUGACGCCACAAAAACGCAAGUCAAAACCCAAGAAGGACAAGCAGCAACAACAACACGAAAUAUCGACUGAAAACAUGACACCAGUCAUGCACACCCAUAUCGUGACGAGCAGUGCUGCAACAGAAAAGGGAAAAACCAAACGAAUCAAAAUUAAGCAAGACUCUGGAAGCGCUCUAAUGAUGCCAUCGCAAUCCACCUUUUCUUCAUCUCAACAACAUGUGUCACAGACAACUGAUUCACAUCACCACCAAGCAGCGUCCCAACCCGUAUUCCAUUCUCAAGACGAAGCUGCUAUGGAAACGUCUCCAAAUGUUUCAGAUGACGAAGAAGGCCAUCAUGGCGAAGAUUCUGCCUCGGAUCUUCAUGAUGACACUCCCCAUUCACCCACCAAGAAGAAACGAAAAUCUCACAUUACAGCAAGUCAAAUUGGAAUUAUUGAACUUGAGAACAAUGAAGGAUUUGAAUGCUCGUUUUGCAACAGAAAAUUCAAGAGAAAGAGCGAUAUUAAGGUGCACAUUCGUCGACACACAGGUGAAAGACCCUAUCUGUGUGAAAUUGAGGGUUGUGGUAAAGCAUUCACCACAGCCAGCAAUUUGAGAAGACACAAUCGGAAUGUUCACUCUAAAGAGUGA